AUGGAUGAGACCCAUGAAAGGGCCAUUAUAUGUGUGGAGUGGUAUGAUGUCAUGUCGUACUUUAAAUACAGAUAUGCUUACACCCACGUUGCGUAUGACGUAGAUAACUCGUUCAAGGACGUACACACUUGCAACACUUGCACACUUGCACAUUUGCACAUUUGCGCGCUUCUGAUCAAUAUAAAUUUCAAGAUAGGGAGCUCGGAAACAAAAGAUUGUCACUUUAAAUUCUUGCCAUUUGUUGCAGACCUUUUGACAUAUAAGGUACUCGUAGGAGGAUAUGUUUUCAAGAUAUCAGAUACAGAUAUAUGCACUCUAGUAACAGAGAUAUAUUACAGCUGCAUAAAUCAUUCGACAGAAUUAAGGAUUAUUAUAGUAAAGGUAGUAAUAUUAGAACAAGUGUGGUGUGAUAAAGAGACUGAGAAAAUACAAGGAAAUCGAGACAAAAGACAUCUUGAACACAGGAAUCUAAAGGAUAACCGAGAACAAGAUAAAAUAAAGUUAAUGCACAUAUAUUUAAGCAAACCACAUGAUUAUGAUGAUGGUAUUGAUGAUGAUGAUGAUGAUGAUGAUAUUAAUGUUUUCCAAGUCGAUUAG